AUGUAUUCACUCUCCGGUGGAUGUGGGUAUUGUCUUUCGAACCGUAUCUGCUGUGACCGAUUCGAAGGCGAGCUGCCAUGCCUAACAUGUAGCGAAUAUAAUAUCGAAUGUCGGGGGCCCGAAUCAUGUUAUUUGAGGCCAGAGCUGGAAGAGGGACCCGACCCCCCUGCGGAGGAUACCAUCCAGACUCCAGAGGUGUACACAGACAGUCGCUUCGAACUCACCGAUGAUGCUUCAUUCCCCAUCCACUGGAUGGCUCCUCUUGCUAACUGCAAAUUGAUCGCUCACAACCUCCUUGGCUUUCCUGUCCCUGGCCUCCCUGAUAGAAUCCCACCGGCCUACGAGUCUGCUCUGCCGUCUUUCAUCCAGAGACUCCCCGUCAAUCUCCUCCACAAAGAUAUUCGGUACCUCGCAGAAGAGGGUGUGUUUGCUCUUCCUAGCGACAGUCUACUGAAGGAACUGCUCAAGACAUUUGUCCUUCACGUAUAUCCUUACUUGCCGGUCUUAGACCUUCCACCCUUUCUAGAGGCAAUCGCCAACAACGACGGCAAAUCCCAUGUCAGCCUCCUCCUGUUCCAUGCUGCCAUGUUCUCGAGCAUCGCCUUUGUUGAUCCCAAGUAUAUACACAGCGCGGGUUAUACCUCCAGAAAAGAAGCUCGUCAGGAGUUCUUCCGAAAAGCACGGAUUCUGUACGACCUCGACGUGGAACAAGACCGUAUUGUGUUAAUACAAUCCGCCCUAUUAUUGACCUACUGGCACGAGACCCCAUAUGAUCCUAAGGAUUUCCGACACUGGCUAGAGAUAGCCCUUUCACAAGCUGCCUUGGUUCCCUUUCCAAGUGAUGAACACUGGGCGAACAAAACCACUUCGCGAGGUCUCUGGAAACGCAUCUGGUGGUGCAUAUACACCCGCGAUCGACUUAUUGCUCUGAUUCUCUGCCGAGCAACGGUUAUCGAGGAAGCAAACUUCAGCAUACUGCUGCCAACUCUUGCUGACUUCCCCAUCCAGCAAUAUCCUACCGAGGUGGUUAAAAAGCUAGGAGAUUGCGGAGUCCUGCAAAGGAUUGACUACCAGGAACAACUGGCGCAAAUCUUUGUCGAGAAGACCAAGCUCUGUUGUAUGAUUAGUGGCAUAAAUAUUCUAACCAAAGGGGCCUCUGCUUCUUCACCAUCUGUAUUCAUACACUACAUUAACGCCCUUAAUGGAUGGCAAGCCGACCUGCCAUCAAGUAUCCGGUACAGGGCGCCUUCGUCGCAGAAUCUAUCUGAAGGGGAGAAGGCGCUAUUCAUGUAUCGCGCCUGGUUGAAGAUGAUAUUCCUUGCGGCGUCUGGAGCCCUACAUCGUCACAAUUCGGUCUUCUCGAAUGCAGAAGAGUUUCAAGAAGCCGGCCUUCAAUCCAUAACACAAUCAAUGACGGGAAUUGCAGAGCAUCUACAUCGGCUUGAUCUCGUCUCCUGUCUCCCAACCACGACGGUGGGACUACUCAUACCAGUCCUCGCAAUGCACCUUAUGAAUAUCCGGUCAGGAAUGUCCAACCUUUGGAAGAAUGCGUUCAAGUCGCUGUACCAGUGCAUAAAGAUACUUGAGGAACUAGGAGAAGUGUAUAUAUUGGCGGAGUCCAUGGCAAAAUUCUUCCAGUCCACCAUUUGCGGUGAUGAUAACAAGUCAAACUCGGACACAGGAAUUGAGCGGGCAUUUCUAGAAAAGAUCUUGACAUCGGCUGAGCUAGAGUCUUUCUCGCAUCUCGUGUGA